CCUGAGAGCAGAGACCUUUCAUCGGUUAGGAAGGGGACCGAGCCACAGCCUGGGUAUGGCCACCGCAGCGUGCGAGCCUGUGGCUAGACCUAGCCUGACCUCCAUUUCGUCCGGGGAGCUCCGCAGCCUGUGGACUUGCGACUGUGAACUGGCCCUGCUGCCCCUGUCGCAGUUGCUCCGCCUACAGCCUGGUGCCUUCCAGCUGCGUGGCGAGCAGCUCGUGGUGCCCGGGCCUGGGGAGCCCACGGACGCGCGAGGGGGCUUCAAUGUCUUUGGGGACGGCCUAGUGAGCUUCGACGGGCAGGUCUACCGCCUCAGCAGCUACAUCAAGAGAUAUGUGGAACUGACCACCUACUCUGAUUAUAAAGACUACAGGGAAACGAUAUUGAGCAAGCCCAUGCUGUUCUUUACUAAUGUGCAGACCAAGAAGGACACCUCCAAAGAAAGGACCUAUGCAUUUCUUGUGAACACAAGGCACCCCAAGAUAAGGAGGCAGAUAGAGCAAGGGAUGGACAUGGCCAUUUCCUCAGUGAUCGGAGAAAGCUACCGACUUCAGUUUGAUUUCCAGGAAGUCGUGCAGAAUUUUUUUCCUCCAGGUACUGAAGUGCUGAAUGGGCAGAACUUGAACUUUGCCUACGAAUUCAAGGCGGACGCUCUGUUUGAUUUCCUUUACUGGUUUGGGCUCAGCAAUUCCACCGUAAAAGUGCGCGGGAAGGUUCUGAACUUGACGAGCAUGAACCCCGAAAAGAAAGAAACAAUUAAGUUAUUUCUGGAAAAAAUGAGCGAACCUCUAAUCAGAAGGAGUAGUUUCUCUGACCGGAAGUUCAGUGUCACUUCUAGAGGUUCAAUCGAUGACGUUUUUAACUGCAACCUGUCACCCAGAUCAUCGGUUACAGAGCCACUUCUGGCAGGAUUAUCAUUUCCAAGUGUUCUGGAAUCUGAAGAGACAUCCAGCCAGUUCAUCUGAUUGGUCUGAAGAUUCUAGCUGCUGCCCUUUGACGGCGGCCCUGAAGCAGACAGUGGGUUGAAGGGGUAAGAGGAGAGAGGAAGUGGGCACUUCCAUCCCUUUGCCAGCCCCUGGGUCCUCCAAGAUCCUGUAAAGGCCCUUUCCCCCAUUUCCCUGGGCAUGGUGCCCUGGCUGGCCCAGGGCACAUGCCUUCCCUCAGGGUUAUGAUUAUGGGAUGGAAGGGUUCUGUUCCUAUGGCACAUGGUGCCAUUGACGUUGAACAUCUGAAGACUCUGAGGGAUUCUCAGGGGACUGCCGCCCUGAACUCUCUGGGAGGCACCUGACUGGGACCUUAACCCUGGUGCUUCAGUGGAUCACGGAUGCCCUCUGCUUGGAACUCACUUUUAGGCUCAGUGCCCAGCAGGCCUGGGGUAAGCUCUUCUCUUGCAAGUGUGUUAGGCAAGGCUGGUACCAUAUUUCACUUGGAGACAAGUAUGGUUUUUAUCCCGCCCAUGGGAAACCUUGAGGACAUUCAAGAUCCUGGCUGCUGGUGGAUCCGCAGGGUGCCAGGAUGAACCCUGCCAGGUUGUAAAGCCAGGUGGCUCAGCAAUCCACCAGUGACAAGACCGUGUCCCCCUCCCUGCAGGCACACCAUGCGAGUUGGCGUUUGAAAUACGCUUUUAGCAGUCUUAACACGAAAAGGAAAGUAAGCCAUUACCAAAGAGGAUGGAACAGCAGUGCACGUCCCGCCUUACAGCUAAAACGGGGUUCACUGAGAGGAAAGAUAUUAUCCAGUCUACGUGUAAACGCUUAUAUGAGUGGCCAGGCGUGGGACAUACCUGCAAUCCCAGCACUUGGGAGCUGGAGGCAGGAGAAUCAGGAGUUCGAUCAUUCUGGCUGCACAGGCAGCUCCAGGCCUAUCUGGGCUAUCUAUACAGACGAUUCUGUCCCAUGAAAACAACAAAAGCUUUGCAAAUAGUGGCAGGAAGCCAGAUGUGUGGACCCUGAGUAUCGUUUUUCUCUACCCGUUAAUAACAUUCCCGUGCUCCGUAUUUUGAUAACACUACUUGCUGAUGGCCUGAUGUUUGUAACUGAAAUGCUAUCUAGUGCAUACACACAAUUAAAACUUCCCUUGGCGCUCAACCUGCAAGUGAUUAAAUUUGUGGCCGAAAGGGUAUGGGGUGGGCCCCUUGAGGUCUGUAGGUGGUGGAUUUUCUUUGUAGCGCACUACACGUCAGCACAGGUAUAGUUUUCAGAGUUACUUCCUCAAGGAGACACUUCAAGAGUGAGGCCGGGAGUAUUUAGAGAGAGAAGAUGAAGUUUGUAUGGAGAGAAGAGGAGCGAAGUGCUUCAUGGGAGGAUAAAUACGCUAUUAGAUUCAGGAAAAAGAAAAAUAAUAAAGAGUUGGAACUAGCUCUCCACCCGUGGAAACAAACCACUGGUGCAUGGUGAGAAUUAAACUCUCUCCCAAGGAAAUAAAAGCUCCAUUCAUAAGACUGACAAUUUGCUUUUGAAACUGAGCUGAGAAAAUAGUAACAUCUGCAAAAAGGGACUGGAGAUCUGGGACGUUAAUCUCGUUGUUCAGAUUUCUAGGUUGACUCUGAAGUCGCUAACUCCAUUGUUCACCCAACUGAGUUUUAUCAGUUGCCUGUCCCAAAAUGCACAGUGAUAGUGUAUUUUAUUGGCAAUUAUUUCAGAGAAGUAAGAUUGGCAAAUCUAUAACUUGGUGAUAGCUCCUCCUGGCUGAAGGAGGCCUCGAACUGGGCACACGUGUGGCCUGAUGUGGACCAAUAGCAUGGAAGACUAGGAAAAAUCUGUGGCCUGCUCCCACCAAAGCUCAUGCUGAAAUGGGAUCCUCAGAGUCCUCUGUCCCUGUAUUUAUAUCAGCACUUGCUGGCUACACAUAACAAUGUGUUUUACGAUAAUUUCAUGCAUGUCCAUAAUGUGUUUUGAUCACGUUCAUAUACCCCAACUUGCUCUUCGGCUAAUUUCCUCCCCAGCUUCCACUCCUACUUCCAUGACUGUUUUCUGGAAAUUUCUGUCUUAGGACAGUGAUUAGUCUAGGGCUCCUUAGCUGCCACAGCCUCAGGAAGUUUCAAGGCCCGUGAUGGUCAGUCAGUUCCACAUGUCAGCUUGACUGGACCAAGGAGCCUAGAUUUGGUGAGGCAUCAUUCUGGAUGUUUCCGUGAGAGAUGAAGUUAACCUUAAAUUAAUGACCUCUGAGUAAGGCCGGAAGUCCUCUCUAAUGUGGAUGGAUCUCACUUAAUCAAAGAUUCCUCCCCUGCAAGAGGGACUCUGCCAGUGCUGACGGCCUUUGGAUGACAGUGCAGACGCUUUGCUGAGUCUCCACCUACUGGUCCACCCUAGAUGGUGCAUCUAAGGAUGCCCAACACGAAUG